CGCGAACACUCUGUGUUGGUGUACCCCUGGCUGUUUCACGUUAGCGCCGCUGAGCAAAGGACCUGGAUUCGGGCGGGUUUAUUACAGAGACACCGCGACAGACAUGCCGCCGAAGAAACCAGCUCAACCCACUGGCAAUAAGAAAACCCAGGAGAAGAAGAAGGAGAAGAUUAUUGAAGACAAGACUUUCGGACUGAAGAAUAAAAAGGGAGCCAAACAACAGAAGUUCAUCAAAGCCGUCACACAGCAGGUCAAAUAUGGCCAACAGAACUCCCGACAGGUUGCUGCUGCUGAAGCUGACAAGACCAAGAAAGCGGACAAGAAGAAGGAGAUCUCUGAGCUGAAUGAACUCUUUAAACCUGUAGUGGCUGCACAGAAAGUCAGCAAAGGUGUGGAUCCGAAGUCUGUUCUGUGUGCAUUCUUUAAACAAGGCCAGUGCACUAAAGGGGAUAAGUGUAAGUUCUCUCAUGACCUGAGUCUGGACAGGAAGUGUGAGAAGCGCAGUGUGUAUGUGGACGUUCGAGAGGAGGAGUUGGAGAAAGACACGAUGGAGAACUGGGAUGAGAAGAAGUUGGAGGAAGUUGUCAACAAGAAGCACGGAGAGGCUGAGAAGAAGAAGGCCAAGACUCAGAUUGUGUGUAAGUACUUCCUGGAGGCUAUAGAGAAUAAUAAGUACGGGUGGUUCUGGGUGUGUCCGGCGGGAGGAGAUGGCUGUAUGUAUCGUCACGCUCUACCCGUGGGCUUCGUCCUGAAGAAAGACAAGAAGAAGGAGGAGAACGAGGAGGAGCAGAUCUCACUGGAGGAACUCAUCGAGAACGAGCGAGCGGCUCUGGGGCCAAAUGUGACUCGGAUCACUCUGGAGACGUUUCUGGCCUGGAAGAAGAGGAAGAGGCAGGAGAAGAUCGCUAAAGCUCAGCAGGACAUGGAGAGGAAGAAGGCAGACUUUAAAGCAGGAAAAGCUCUUGGGGUGAGCGGGCGAGAAGUUUUCGAGUUCCGGCCCGAGCUGGUUAACGAUGAUGACGAGGAAGCAGACGACACCAAAUACACCAAUGUGGACGAUGAGUUUAUAGAGCAGGAGGAGGAGGAGGAUGAUGAGCAGUGCCAGGACAUCGAUAUCGCCCGGUUUGUUCUGAAAGAGGUGGACAACACGGGGAUAACGGUGGCGGCGGCGGACAGGUUCACCUCCCGAGUUCAGCCGAGCAGCGAGACAGACGACCACAAACUGAGCGAGGCUUCGGGUGGAGUGGAGAACGGUGAGGACCACACGCUGGAGGAGGACGGCAGCACUGACAGUGACGGAGGCGGGGCCGGGGAUGAGGACGCAGAGUCAGAGGCGGUGCCUGUAGAUGAGAAUCUCUUCACGGGGGAGGAUCUGGACGAACUGGAGGAGGAGCUUAACACACUCGACCUGGACGAGUAACACAGCCUCAACAUGAACAUUUUUUUUUCUUUUUUUUUUCUUUUUUUUCCCCCUCUCUCCACCAAUCAGAUCAUCCGUAGAGGAAAGAGCUCAGUGGACAUGAGAGUGAAGGUGAUCUUCAGGGUCAUGUGAUUCUGUGGUCCAGACUGCUUUCAUUCGGUGGUAAUGAAUUUAAUAUCAGACGUUUUUUUCCUCAUCGUAAUAAAAACAAAGGUUUCAGCGCGUUAUUCUACUCAAAGACGAGUCCUUGGACCAAGAGCUGCUUUCAGUCAGCCAUCUUUUGUCCAAACGGUGAACAGAAUUGUGCUACUUUCCAAACGGGACCUCGGUGCCUACAGAGGCAGCCUACUACUUAAUGGAAUUCAGCAGGGGCGGAGCCUUGGGUCAGCCUGCUCGGCCAAUCACGACAGCUUACCUGAUAGUGAUAUUUCACCUGUUUGACUUGAAUACUGUUUUUACACAAUGUCAUGAUUUAGCAGCAAGGCUAGCAAGCUAACAUACUAAUGUUAGCCAGUUAACAUAUUGUUGUGUAGCCUGUAAGCGAACUCUACAGCUAAGUUUGCUUGCAAGCAACAUAAAAUACAGUAUUGUCCUAAUGUAAAGCCUUUGGUUAUCUGAAUUAUGUAGCCAUGAAAAAUCCCAGGAAAGCUAUAGCAACAUCCGCGCAGCCCUCUGUUAGCAUGAGCUGACUAACAUGUUAGCAUAAUGAAUUGUUAGCUAUCUGCUUAUGUAGCCAAGUUUGCAACUGAACUCUUCAGUGUUAGCUGAACUGCUGUGUUGUGUAAUGUGUGCUAACAUCCUGCACACUCUGCUAAUGCUAGCAUGCCAACUAGCUAGCUAAUGCAGCAUCCUAGCUAACGUUAAGUGUUUCAUUAAAUGGUGUAAAAUGUCACAUGAUCAAGUUUACCCUAAGCUCCGCCCCCUGUGUGUGAAUCAGCUGUUAGAGUUCUGACAAAAUAAAGGUUUCACCUGCUGAGUGUGUGAUCUGAAGGGUGUACAGGUGUGUGUGUGUGUGUGUGUGUGUGUGUGUGUUUUAUCCUUUUGGCCAAGGUGAAAGUGUAAAUAAAGCAUAUUCCAGACA